UUAUAUCACACUAGUCAACCCAUCCAAAGACCUAUACUGGCAGCAUCCCGUGGACUCAGCCGAUUGUAUCAAUCACCUAUGACGUCGACGCCUGGUCGAUAAGCGCAACGCCAUGGCCCGCUCGCUGGACGAACUACAUGAGCAGACACGCAAGCUUAAUAUACGAGAUACGUCGAGCGCCGAGGAAUUUUCAUCGGAAGAUACAACACGGGAAUGCAAAUGUCAGCAGUCCUCUUCCACCACACAGCCGGCACAAUGUCCCCGCCACCCUACGCCACAGCAUGAUGCACCAUCAGACAAAACGGAUACCGCUGAGGAGCCAACACCAGAAGGCUCUCAUGUAGACCCGUCAUGCCGAUGUAUCGAAUGCAAGAUCGACAGGGAUCAAACGGAACCGGAACAGCCACCCGGGACGGAAUCCGCGCCACCAGACGAAGGAGGCGCUACCGAAGAGGGGAAAGAAAAGGAGACAGACAAAGAGGAUGGAAAGGAAGAGGAGGAGGAACGAACAUUAACGUUAGAAGAGUUGUUAGAGUACCGGGAGAAGCAAGGUCUGAACCCCGGCGAUUAUCUGCUCGAGUUCGGAUUCGGGUUUCCCGAGGAAAGGGAAGUGAAUUUGAAUGUGCAAAUCGAGGGGGACUUUUCGGUGACUGUGUUGAUGUGAGUGGUUGGUAGGUUCUGCGAGGGGCUGAAUGGGAUUACAAGUGCGUGGUCAGGGAUAUAGUUGGUUUGUAUAAAAUAUAUAUAUACGGGAUUUAUGAUACCAGAGUUAAAUCGUGCAGAUUCUUACGGAUGUUCUAGCUAUUUCAAAUGACUGGCUUCGUUCAGUGUAUAUAAGUCGACUCGGCCAGGGAUCGCGCUUUUGCAAUGAAGGGAUACGCAUGAUACCAUCAGGUAUUUUCGAUAGAAACUACAUGCUGCAGGUAUUACGACUCAUAGAACGACACCCUUGGGCCUCGUAAGUAAUCUUAUAUCA